UUUCUUUUUUUUUCCAUUUUUGGCAUCCAUACAGUCAGUGCCGAGUCGUGUCCAUUUGCCUUUUUAUAGUAUUUUGCUUCGUUCCGUUCUGAUAAUCCUCGUUUUAAAUUCGGCUCCCUUUUAAUCUGUUUGUAUGGUUUCCCUGUUAGAUUCCUGUUGGAUGUUGAGGCAGGUGGCGGACAACUUGCUGUUACAAAGUACGGCUGCGCCUAACGAUCAAUAUGUCCGCUUUUUUUAUGGAUUAAUCGUUGGAUUUAAUGUCCCGCAAAGGGGACGUGUUGGUCACAGCCUAACUCAUUUGAAAAGCUGACACGGGUAAGCCAUGCCAUCAGUUCCCUCAUCCAAAGAGACCGCCGUCAAAGGCCCCGUGUGCCCUCACGCCUCCAAGCUGCACAACCACACCAACGGAGAAGCCAAACUCCGGGAGGGCUCGUUCCCACUGAACGGGGUUGACAAGCUGCCCGUGGUGGUGGGCACCGAGGAGGCCAACCGAACCAUUCAGAUCAACACAAAGAACGCUUCCCCCGAGAGGAAAUGGAUCCGGCCUGACCUUCCCAGCCGCUGCACAUGGAGCCUGGGAGCCUCAAAAGUCGACUCUCCUCAUACACAAGUUCCGAGAAUCGUUGCUCCAACCAUUCUUCCAAACAUCCUGCACAGGAUCGGUGACACUCCCUUGGUACGCAUCAACAACAUCCCCAAAGCGUUUGGACUCAAGUGUGAAAUAUUGGCCAAGUGUGAGUUCUUUAAUGCUGGCGGCAGCGUCAAGGACAGGAUCAGCCUGCGGAUGGUGGAGGACGCUGAGAGAGCUGGGCACCUCAAGCCUGGAGACACCAUUAUAGAGCCCACCUCUGGAAAUACUGGUAUUGGAUUGGCCCUGGCGGCAGCUGUGAAGGGCUACCGCUGCAUCAUAGUCAUGCCUGAGAAAAUGAGCAUGGAGAAGGUGGACGUCUUGAGAGCCCUUGGAGCCGAGAUCGUCCGUACACCCACCAGCGCCCGCUUCGAUUCGCCAGAGUCUCACGUGGGUGUUGCCUGGCGCCUCAAGAACGAGAUCCCCAACUCUCACAUCCUGGAUCAGUACCGUAACCCGAGCAACCCACUGGCCCACUACGACACCACAGCUGAAGAGAUCCUGGAGCAGUGUGACGGUAAAGUGGACAUGUUGGUGGCAGGAGCAGGCACAGGGGGGACAAUCACAGGUAUCGCCCGCAAGCUGAAGGAGAGAUGCCCCAACAUCAGAAUUGUUGGUGUUGACCCAGAAGGCUCCAUCCUGGCUGAGCCUGAGGAGCUUAACAAGACCGAUAAGACCCAGUACGAGGUAGAGGGCAUCGGGUACGACUUCAUCCCUACUGUGCUCGACAGAUCAGUGAUUGAUACCUGGUACAAGUCCAAUGAUGAGGAGUCCUUCAACAUGUCUCGAAUGCUGAUUAGAGAGGAGGGCCUGCUGUGUGGGGGCAGCUCUGGAACGGCCAUGGCAGCAGCGGUGAAUGUCGCCAAAGAGCUGAAGGAGGGCCAGCGCUGUGUGGUCAUCCUGCCUGACUCCAUCCGCAACUACAUGUCCAAGUUCCUGAAUGACAAGUGGAUGGUAGACAAGGGUUUCCUGAGGGAGGAGGACCUCAUGGUGAAGAAACCAUGGUGGUGGAACCUGAAGCUGCAAGGUUUGAACCUAUCGGCCCCCCUCACUGUCCUGCCAACCGUCAGCUGUCAGAAGACAAUCAAAAUCCUGAAGGAGAAGGGCUUCGACCAGGCACCUGUAGUGGAUGAGGCUGGGUUAAUCCUGGGCAUGGUGACUUUGGGGAACAUGUUGGCCUCGAUUCUGGCAGGGAAGAUCAAGCUGUCGGACCCAGUCAGCAAAGUUCUCUACAAGCAGUUCAAACAGAUCCGCCUGACCGAUGACUUGGGAAAGUUAUCCCGCAUUCUGGAGACUGAUCACUUUGCCCUGGUGGUACACGAACAGAUCCAGUACCUGACAGACGGCUCUCCCAGUCUGAAGCAGAUGGUUUUCGGGGUGGUGACGGCCGUUGACCUGCUCAACUUCGUCACAGGGCGGAAAAGGACAGAGCGAUCCAUGUCAGAGUCGACCGACGAGCUGUGACCGGCAGACUAAAACACACAGUACACACUUGUACAUUUUAUUCAGUUUUAUUCAUAACAUAACAAACAUGAUGACAAGUUUAGUAGAUGCAUCUGAAAGAUGGCAAAAAAAAAUUGAUAGAUGUUCUCUUUUUUUUUCCACUUAAAAAAAUAUUGAUUUCAUUUUUUUUAUGUUUGAACUUAUGUCUUUAAGUAUAAUAAGCAAAAAGUGUUGUGACAUGCGGUCAUUUUGUGAUAUUACUUAUUUGAGUCAUUUGAUUAUUACUUAUAUCUGCUUGUAGUGCUCAAAGCAAUCUUUUAUAAGUUUGUGACUUGUAGAAAGCUUUUUUUUUUUUUUUUUAUCAGAGUCUUGAAUAGAGGCCUCUGUGUUGCUGUUUUAUUUGUCCGAAAAGUACAUGAUUGUUUUAUUGCGGCCUUGCGUACCAAUCAAACAUUAGAAAUAAGACAAUAGUAUAAAAGCCACAUUCAUCUCAUUUAUCAAAAUUAGACAAGUAGCGAAUUGCUGUACAUAAUAAGCAUAUGAUCUUCCCAGUGUUGCUCCCUGUGUGCUUCUUUUUAUUUUGUGUAUGUGUCCACAAAAAGAAAUGCAUAAUAGAGUAUAAUCACAGUUCUGAAAAACAAUCAUGUAUUGUCGUUUCCUUUUUCCUGUUUCAACACAGUGCCUGUGAUGUAACUGUAAAGUGACUAUUUAAUCUUAGCUGUGUCUGGGAAAAACAUUUUAUAUUGCAUCAUUUUUCCUUCAUGAAUAUGUAUGAUUAAAUAAAAUCUCAAGAAAGUAUGUAAGCUGUCUUCCCAGUUAUUGUAAAUACAAUAUUGCAGUAACAAUCAUAAAGUAAUGCUUCAUACCCUCGGUACUAAAGGGCAAGGAUAUAUUCUUGCUAUCUCCAGAGAGACUAUUUUAUGUAAAAGUAUGUAGGAAAU